AUGGAUAAGAAUGUCUCUACAAAACUCAAAAAUUUUGAAACAGUGAAUUGGUUGAAAAACCGAUUUAAGAAUUAGGUUAGAGAUAAAUAUAUUUUAAAUGAUAAAGAACUCAAGGAACAAAUUAUGAUGAAAGCUGUUUUCAAAUCUAUUGAUAGAGAUAAAUCAAAAUUCUUAGAUAGGUAAGAACUCUAUGAUAUGUUCAAACGAUAUGGCAUCAACAUAACGAAGACUAAACUCAAAGAAUUCUUUAAAAGAAUCGAUUAAGAUGAAGAUGACAAACUCAAUUGGACUGAUUUCAAAUAAGCCUUGCAAAACUAAGAAGCACUGUAAAUGUUUGCCGAACUCAUGAGAAAAAUAAAGGAGUCUACAGAAAGGAAAGGAAAAAAUGAUCAAUUAAAUUUUAUCCCAUUGAGCUUUCCAAACAUGAUACAAUACAUGAAUUACUGUGUAUUGAGAGAAGAACUUAUACAAAAGAUAAAUUCUAGUUAGUUGAAUACUUAGUAGAAGGUUAAGCAAUGCAAAAAUCUUUUGUCUUUAGAGGACAUUUGUUAUAAUAAAGUUGUUGAAUUAAAAGACGAUGAAGAUAAUGAAAUAGAGGAAGCUGAUUUUAUUAAGUCAGCUAAAAAAUCUAGUGAUUAUCAAUAAAUUGCUAUUUUAAAAAGAUUACAGGAAAAAGAAUAAAUAGAAUAACGCUAGAGUCGAAUAAGAAAAUUAAGCACAUCUCAGUACUACAAAUCAGAAUAGGACUAAACGAAUCGUUCUAUGAGAAGAAAGAGCAAGCAACUCAGCACUGAUAAGAAUUAAUAUGCUUAACCUGAAUUCAAAUUAUUUGAUUAAUUAGUUUCCGAUAAUUAAAAUGAACUACCACCCAUUCAUACUGAAAACUAACAAAGAAUUCACAUUCCUAUGCUGAUGUCUGAAAGAAUCUAUGAAAGUGAUAAUCCUUAUAAAUACAAUCAUAAAGUUAAGAAGUAUAAAAACGAUUCUUCUUCUACAGAAAUCCCAAAAGGACAACAUUUUACUACAUAGCAUCUUAUAGUAUUUUAAUUAUACUUAUAAAUUCAAUAGAAUCUUAGAACCCCAAUGAAAUUGUCAUUAAGAAUGAAUUAACAUUCCCCAAAGAGGAUUAGAAUAAUAUCUUAAACGGAGCUAUCAAGACUAGCCAAUAAAGGAUGA